AUGGAGUGGAAGCGGCACGAGUACAACGUGGCCGAGGCCGACUUCCCGCCCGCGCACUCGUUCUUCCUCAUGAAGCCGCGCAUCGAGCAGUCGCGCGUGUUCCAGUUCAUCAAGCGCAUGCCCAAGGGCGCCGUGCUGCACGCUCACGACCUCUCCGCCGCCAACACCGACUUCAUCGUCAAGGACGUGGCGUACCGCGACCACCUGUGGGGCCGCAUCACGCCCGACUCCGUCAACCUGCGCUUCUCCCUGGAGGCCCCCGCGGCCGACUGGAAGCUGGUGAAUGAGCUGCGCGCGGCGGCGCCCUCCGCGGAGGCGUUCGACGCCAGGAUCAGGGAGGCCUUCGUGAUCUGCAACUCCAACCCUCACGUGGCGUACCCCGACCAGGCGAGUGUGUGGCACGCCUUCGACCAACGCUUCACACUCAUCUUCUCCACGCUCACCUUCGCCGGCGUGUUCCGCGACUACUUCUGGCGCACCCUGCAGGACUACUACGAGGACAACGUCAUGUACGUCGAAAUUCGAGGAGUCCUCCCCCCAGUCUUCGAGCUCGACGGCACGCAGUACGACCAGAUGCAGGUGGCGGCCAUUUACCAGGAGGUGGCCGAGCGCUUCAAGAAGGUCCACCCGGACUUCCUCGGCGUCAGGUUGAUAUACGCUCCGAGUCGCCACGUCUCAGCUAGCCAGGUGCGCGAGUACCUCGUGUUCUUCCGCAAGCUGAAGAAGGCCCUCCCGGACUUCGUGGCGGGCUUCGACCUGGUGGCGCACGAGGACGACGGCAACCCCCUCAUCGACUUCGUGCCCGCACUGCUGCAGCUGCGCCAGGACCUGCCGGACGUCAAGUACUUCUUCCACGCCGGAGAGACGAACUGGGAACAGUCGUCGACGGACGAGAACUUGGUGGACGCCGUGAUGCUGAACACGACGCGCAUCGGCCACGGCUACGCCAUCGACAAGCACCCCAUGGUCAUGGAGGCCGUCAAGAAGAGGGGCAUCGCCAUCGAGCUGAACCCCAUCUCCAACCAGGUUUUGAACCUGGUGCAGGACCUCCGCAACCACCCGGGCGCCGCCCUGCUGGCCGACGACUACCCCCUGGUGAUCGGCAGCGACGACCCCGGCUUGUGGGACGCCAAGGGCCUGAGCUACGACUUCUACGAGGCCUUCUUGGGCAUGGCGGGGCUCAAGGCGGACCUCCGCACUCUCAAGCAACUCGCCAUCAAUUCCAUCCAGUACAGUGCCAUGGGCGAGGUUGAGAAGGAGGAGGCCCUGGCCGCGCUGGCGACACGCUGGCAGAGGUUCAUCGGCGAGGUGGACAGGGAGCGCGGCACGCGAGGCGCGCGGCCCUGCAGCUCCGAGCACGACAACUCCAUCCACAGCACGGAGGCGUAG